UCGGGACCUUCCCGGGGCCCUGCGCCCGCCCGGACUCCCGCCCUGGGCAUGGUGGACCCAUUCUUCCCGCAGCCACCAACCUGACAGCCCCCGAGGGCGACUCCGCCGACAGACCGCCAUGCACCGGGCCCCGCCACCAGCGCCGGCCCCACAACCCGCCUGCGCCAUAGCCCGCCCGCCCGCGCGCAGCUUGCCUCGCGCGAUAUCCAGGUUCCAGGGCCGCCGCACUUUCCUCUCCUCUUGGCGCGCCUCUACCGGGCCCCGGAACCCGUAUAGAAAAUACCGGGCACGCUCCACCCCGCCCCCCGCUUCGCCGCGGCAGCCAUCCAACUUAUCCUCGUUCCGGGGCUCCUGGAGCCCAGGCCGCCGAGAUCUGAACCGAGCUCCUCGGAGCCCCGCCCCUCCCCCAGGCCGGGGUGACGCAUGGCCAGAGAGGCUGAGCGCCCAGGGAAGGCGUGCUGACGUCACGACGCCCGGGUCAGGGCCCGGGCGCAGCUCGGAGCCGGGUCGUCGCUAUAGCAAUCGGAAAUCGCUACCUGUCCUUUCCAAGGAUUCGGUCCAUCUGAAGCGUGAGGAGGUGGCGGAGGCCGCAAGGGCUCUGCGCUGUCACUUCCGCGGCCUGCGGGCGAGAAGGUGCGCUUCGGGAGUAGCGCAGGAGGACUGGAGGCGCAGGUUGUGAGGGACGCAGGCCGGGGCUUCCGUCUCUGUCCUCCGAGCUCAGAGCCCCCAGGCUUCUUCCCGGCCGCGCGCUCAGCAGUCACUGUCUUACGGUCCCGAAGCGCUUUAAGGUGCGCAGUCCGCAGGCCUUGCCUACUGAUCUUCGAGCCACCCCUUGAAGGAAGCAGUUGCAGACGCUGAGCACAGUGCCAAACCUAGAUAGAAACUCAUUUGGGAUAUGCAGGAGAAUAUGCCACCAGUUCUCCAAAGUGGAGGGGUAAGUGGGACUGUUAAUUAUCUCUCAGUUCCCAAGCUUGGAACUAGUGGAGGGGCAGGGUGGGUCCUGGAAGCAGGAUGGUAUGGUUGGUCAGGUAGCUGGGCCUAUUACUGGUUUGGAGAAAAUGGUGGGUCAGUGUCCACUCUGGGGACCUGGAGAGUUUUUUGGGAGUAGUUGGGGUUGGGGCAUCCCCCACGGAGGUGAGUAGCUUACUCACCUUUGGUGUCACAGUCUUGGAAGGAAAUGGCCCCUUCAUGCUUGGUGGUGAGGCCCCCACCACAAGGGAAGCAUAGGGUCCGUCCUGCUUCAGGUUGGUAGGUGCCACGUGGGCAUGGCUGACAGGGCUUGAACCCAUCUACAGAGUGUUGGCCAGGUGGGCACUGACCUGCAAUGAAUCAAUGGCCCAACUCUGAUGGGGAUGGUCCUGAAUCGUCCACAUGGGGUCACCCGAUCUCAGAGGGCAAAGGUAUACAAACAGGAUGUUGACUAAGAGAGUGGCCUGGAGCCUGGGCCUGCCUUUUGGGAAAUCCCAUGCCCAUGGGCGUCCCAGUGCCCACCCUACCCCACUCUGUAUUUGUUCCCCUGGCACCUGCACACGUGGUGACGUUGGUGGCUCCAAGAGGCCCGUGGGCAUCACUCCCAGGGCAAAGGUCGCAGGAGAGCUGCCCUUCUCUCUCCUGGAAGGUGCCCGCUGGGCAUGGCACACACUGCUCCGUCUGGCCGUGGUAAUACGUUCCCUGCGGGCAGCUGACUGAGGGAGAGUCGGCCGCGCUAGCCACCCACCCCCGCAAUUCCCACCACCCAGGCCUGGGACUCCCCUUCCCACUCCCCCCCACAACCCCUAAUUCAGGGAGAAUCUCUGUCUGGGAACAAACACAAUCCUACUUGGGGGGAUAGGAGGGCCAGAGCCGUGUGCAGGAGGAUUGCCGGCCCCACCUGGCAUCCUUCUAGAUUUCAGCCUGGGACCAGGGAAGGGAGCAUCCUGGCUGCCUCAUAAUUUGAGAAAUGCAACUGAGGCCACAAAGGGUCCUGCUCUGAGCCAGGCCCAAACUGGGUCCUUCCUAUAUCCCUGCUCCCCAGUAAGCUCCCUUACCACACUUGGCCCCAGCACGGUGCUGCCCAGGCCUACAGGACUCCAUCGGCUCUGCUCGCUCCCCGGCUACCAGGCCCGGCUUGUGGGCCAGCUCAUAAUCAAGGCCUGCCAGGCGCAGCAGGAAGCGGUCCUGGUUGAUGGACUUUCUGAGCAUCUUCAGGGAUCCUUUCAGCCGCCGUUCCAUUCGCUGUCGGAGG